AUGACUUCAGUGUGGCAUGAGACUUACGAUGGUUCAACAAUUGCGUUUAUCUUCAUGGGAUGCGCUUUAGUAUUCAUUAUGGUACCCGGUUUGGGUUUCUUAUAUUCAGGUUUAGCAAGAAGGAAAUCUGCUCUUUCGUUGAUUUGGGCAGUUAUCAUGGCUACUUUGGUUGGAAUGGUCCAAUGGUAUUUCUGGGGUUACUCUUUGGCCUUUUCAAAGACUGCGAUCAAUCACAAAUUCAUAGGGGAUUUGAACUCGUUCGGGUUCAGAAACGUUUAUGGGUAUGCGGAUCCCGAGGAUCCAACGACGUACCCGGAAUUAGCAUGGGCAGCUUUCCAAGGUAUGUUUUUAUGUGUCACUUUGAGUAUUAUUGCCGGUGCCACUGCAGAAAGAGGUAGACUCUUGCCUCAUAUGGUUUUCCUAUUCUGUUUCGCAACCAUUGUGUACUGUCCCGUUACAUUUUGGGUUUGGUGCCCUGAUGGAUGGGCUGCCAGAUGGGGAGUGCUAGACUGGGCCGGUGGUGGUCCUGUUGAGAUUUUGAGUGCGGUUGGUGGGUUCGUUUAUUCUGCAUUCUUGGGUAAGCGUCAUGAAAGCCAAUUGAUCAAUUUCAGACCUCAUAACGUCUCUAUGGUUACUUUAGGGACCAGUUUAUUGUGGUUUGGAUGGCUCGGUUUCAAUGGUUGUACCAGUUUGGAUCCAAAUAUGAAAUCCGUGUUUGCGCUCUUGAACACAAAUCUAAGUGCCGCAUUUGGUGGUAUGACCUGGUGUCUAUUGGAUUAUAGACUAGAGAAGAAAUGGUCUACUGUGGGUCUUUGCUCUGGUAUCAUUUGUGGUCUCGUUGCAGCCACACCAAGUGCAGGUUGUAUCACACUCUAUGCAUCAGUUAUCCAGGGGAUCACAGCUGGUGUAGUAUGUAACUUUUCCACCAAGAUAAAAUACGUGCUAAAAGUGGACGAUGCGAUGGAUAUCUUGGCAGAGCACGGUAUCGCAGGAGUUGUUGGGCUAAUAUUUAAUGCAUUUUUUGCUGCAGACUGGAUCAUCGGUUCAGAUGGUGCCACUGAACAUGGUGGUGGAUGGCUCUCUCACAAUUGGAAGCAAAUGUACAUGCAAAUCGCUUAUAUCGCGGCAGUUACCGGUUACGCUGCUGUGGUUACUGCCAUCAUUUGCUUCGUGCUAAAUAAGAUUCCAGGCCUGCAACUCAGAGCUGACGAAGAGGCAGAAGAUAGAGGUAUGGAUGAGGACCAAAUCGGAGAAUUCGCAUACGAUUAUGUCGAAGUGAGAAGAGAUUAUUAUUCAUGGGGUGUACCUAAUGACACCGAUUCAGGAAACGAAAAAAUCACUGGUCCUCAAACACCAAUAUAA